GCCUCAUAGGAUCCUACUCCACCGCCUCGCUAUUUAACACCACUUCUCCAUCCCAUCACACCGUCUCUCUGCAUCUUUAAUCCAUACAUUCUCAGAGAUGGCCAGAUCUGUGCCUCUGGUUUCCACCAUUUUUGUCCUCCUUCUCCUUCUCGUCGCCACUGAGAUGGGGCCGAUGGCGGUAGAAGCGAGGACAUGCGAGUCUCAGAGUCACCGCUUCAAGGGGCCCUGUAUCAGGAAAUCUAACUGCGCCAACGUCUGCCGGACUGAGGGCUUCCCCGGCGGCCACUGCCGUGGCUUCCGUCGCCGCUGCUUCUGCACCAAACCCUGUUAGCAUCUGCUGGGCACCUUUUCCCUCUCUGGAUGUCGUGUCCAUCGUGUUUGAGAAUAAUGUUUCAGAGUCUUUGUGCAGUGUAAUGCCUCGCCCCUUUGUCAUGUCUUUAAUUUCUGUGUGUUAGAGGUUCUGAUCUUCUUGAUUAAGGUGAAGAAAGAAUGGCUUGUCGAUCAUGUGAAAGUGAUCACCUAAUAAACGAGCUCUUUCGUUGA